GUCUCAAAAAAAAAUUUACGGUAAAAAUUCAAUUGAAGGAGAGAGAGAGACAAGAGAGGUGUAGCCAGUUGCAAAAAAUUGCAUUGAUUUUUAUAGCUAUUGACUAUUGCUUUUUUUAAGAGAAAUGGAGGAGCAAAUAAGUACUAAUAAUCAGUCAAAUAGUGAAACGUCAGAAAAUCUUGAACCACCUCAUAAGAAAACAAAAAACAAGUUAAGUAAAGAAAGGGAUCGUCUCGAAAGCAGAUUAAUAAGUGUUCUUUCAUGCGUUGUGUGCUUUGAUCUACCAAAUGGACCUAUUUACCAGUGUCAACAUGGCCAUUUAAUGUGUAUAGGCUGCUUUAAUCAUCUUCUUGCAGAUGGGAGGCUUAAAAGUGAACAAGCCUCAUGUCCAAGCUGCAGAACUGAAAUAAGCUCAAAGAACUCUUCAAGAAAUCUUGCGGUUGAGAAAGCUGUUUCAGAGUUACCUACUAACUGCCAAUUUUGUAAAGAAGAAUUCCCAAGAAAUGAAAUACCCCAUCAUGAAAAAAAUGAAUGUGCUCAAAGGCCUGCCUUCUGUACCUAUAAAACUCUAGGUUGCACUUGGGAAGGCAUGUGGCAUCAGAAAGAAGCACAUGGUAAGGUGUGUUUGUUUCCACAAAAGACUGGAUUGGAUCUACUAGAGAGUGUUACCGCACUAGCUGGUAAUGCAAUAGAAGAAAUCAAUCGCUUGAAUGGAUUGCUUAAAAUGUUAUCCUACGAAAAAGUUGCGAUUUGUGACAUCCAGCUUUGCCCGAGUCGAACAGAUGACUACAUUCCGAAGUUAUACUACGAAACUAACAGAUUCACUGCUUUUGAUCAAUUAUGGGUGAUGAAGGCAAAAGUUAUAGGAAAUGAAAAAAGUGCAACUCGUUCACUGGCUUAUCAACUCAUUUUGAAAGGGAAAGGAGUAUUUGAGUUGAAGUAUUUCCUAUUAAAGGGACCCUUCGGGGAUGCGAAAAUACAGGCAGAGGUGCAACGUUUCGAGUUUCGUGAUGAUAACAAGGAGAGUGAAUACCACACAUUGAUGUUGGAGGGUGAAGGAGAGUGUAACCGCUUACUUGCCGCAAGAACUGUCAACGUAAGGUUGAUGAUGUUUCAGGUGAAAAAAUAAUCACUGCCAAGAAAGAAAUUUUACGUUCAUUUAUUUACAGUUGUAAUACUUUCCCAAUCUCUGUUUAUGUUGGUUUUCAUUCUUUUUCAUUUUUUUUUUUGUAAAAAGAUUUAUUUAUAUUUUUGCAGACAAACAUUGCAUGAAUUGCAGUGUCGAUAAGAAGUAUGUAUAUAUAAUAUUUUAUGUGAGUUAUAAAACUAUUAAUAAUUUAUAUGUAUUAACUUAGACUCAUUUUAUUUUUCCAUAUAAGGAGUUUUUUAUGUUUAUAUAAAUACGUAUACACGUUGCUACUGUCUUAAUUUUUUUAAUGGAAAAAUCGAUAUUUGUUGUUGCGUUCUUUUUUUAAAAUCUUCGUGGUUCAUCUUACUCUUUGAUCACGUUUAUGGGAAUGGGGUGCAUCUCUUGUUUUCUCUCAUUGCGUCGCGAAACCCAUGAUAUCUAUACUUGCCAUUCAACUAAACAAAUAUUUCAACGUGUUAGUCUUCCCCUUACUGGAUUAUAAUUUCUUCUUCCUGGUUUCGGUUGGAGAGUUCUUAUUUUCAAAUACUACUAGUAAUAUUUUACAAGAAUAUAACGUUUUUGUUGGUUGUUUGUUAGGAAAAAGUAUUGUGGUUGAAAUACAAAACUAAUUUAGUGAUAAA